ACUUAUUUCCCUCUCCUCCAAUUUUUCCGCUCUUUCUCCUUUUUCCCGCCGUUCCUUCACAAUGCCUUCCAAGCGCCGCUCCAAAUCCGCCACUCCCAUUUCUCCUAAGCCAGGUCCUGAUGUUUCUUCCCCCAACAAGAAGCUCAAAACCGAGCUCAAGGGUGAUGAAACUCCCAUUUCCAAUCCCCCUCCUAAAGUAAGUGCGGCUAAGACCAGGAAAGUGAAGGCGGAGUUGGUGGGCGACGAGGAGGAUACUACGGCUAGGUUUUUGGAGCCUCAUUUUCCGGAUAGUGAAGCGAGAGAACGGUGGCCUCUGCGGUAUAGGGGAAAGAAGGAGAAACUUGUUGGGGAGAAAAAUUCAAGGGAUGACUCGGGGGAGGUAGUCCAGGCCCUACAUCAUUACUCACAGGCUGUAGUUGACAACAUCACAUACAAUCUCUUUGAUGAUGCCCAUGUGAAGGCUGAAGAUGGUGAGGAUGAUUAUAUAUGCAAAAUUGUUGAAAUGUUUAAGGCUGUUGACGGGCAACUCUACUUCACAGCACAAUGGUACUAUAGAGCUAAAGAUACUGUUGUGAAAGACCAUGCUCAUCUCAUCAAUGACAAGCGUGUAUUCUUUUCAGAAGUUCGGGAUGAUAAUCCAUUGGAUUGUCUUGUUAAGAAGCUAAAUAUAGCUAGAAUACCUCUAACUAUGGCUAUGGAUAAGAAAAAAAACCGUCUUCCUGGUUGUGACUUUCAUUGUGACAUGUUAUACUUGCUACCGUAUUCCUCAUUUGUUAAACUGCCAGCAAGUGAGAAAAAGGUUGGCAGUGACACAUCAUCAACAAUUUCCUCUGAGGUUGAUACCAACGGAGCAUGUGAAGUGAACUCAGAAAUUGGGGAUGUUACUCAAGCACAGCAGUGUCGUAAGCCUGACGUUGCACUUCUAGAUUUGUAUUCAGGAUGUGGUGCCAUGUCAACUGGAUUAUGUUUAGGCGGGAAUUUGUCUGGGGUGAACCUAGUCACAAAAUGGGCCGUUGAUUUAAAUCAAUAUGCUUGUGAAAGUCUGAAGUUCAAUCAUCCAGAGACUCAGGUUAGAAACGAAAUGGCAGAAGAUUUUUUAUCGUUGCUAAAAGAGUGGGAAGUGCUUUGCAAAUAUUUUUCUUUGAUAAAAAGCAAAGAGCCACAACAAAAGUACAUUGAUCUUUUUGCUAAUGAAGAUGAAGAUGAAGAUGAAGGGGAAAAUGAAGAGGAAAAUGAAAAAACGGAAGAUGAUGGAGAGGUGUUUGAAGUAGAAAAGAUACUUGCAAUAUGUUAUGGUGAUCCCAACGAAACUAAGAAACGUGGAUUGUUUCUUAAGGUUCGUUGGAAGGGUUAUGGCUCUGAUGAAGACACAUGGGAGCCAAUUGACGGGUUGAGCAACUGCAAGGAAAAGUUGAAAGAAUUUGUGACAAGUGGUUACAAAUCAAAGAGCUUACCUUUGCCGGGUGAUGUUGAUGUUAUAUGUGGAGGGCCUCCCUGCCAGGGCAUUAGUGGCUUCAAUCGCUUUAGGAACACAGAAAAUCCACUGGAAGAUGAGAAAAACAAACAGCUUGUUGUCUAUAUGGACUUAGUGGAGUAUCUUAGGCCUAAAUACAUUUUGAUGGAGAAUGUAGUUGAUAUAGUAAAGUUUGCCAAUGGAUUUUUGGGACGGUAUGCUCUUGGUCGUUUAAUAUCAAUGAAUUAUCAAGUUCGCAUGGGAAUGAUGGCAGCAGGUGCAUAUGGUCUUCCACAAUUUCGUAUGCGAAUGUUUAUGUGGGGUGCCCAACCAACAGAGAAGCUUCCACAGUAUCCUCUUCCAACUCACGAUGUUGUAGUGAGGGGUGUAAUUCCUACAGAAUUUGAGAUGAAUGUUGUUGCUUAUGAUGAACUUAAUGGCGUUCAGUUGGAAAAGAAGCUUCUUUUGGAAGAUGCAAUUUCUGAUCUUCCUGCUGUUGGAAAUGAUGAACGGCGAGAUGAAAUGCCUUAUGGUGAAGCUCCCAAGACUGAGUUUCAGCAUUUAAUUAGAUCACCUAGGGAAGAAAGCUUUGAUUCUUCUACAACGUCUAAGCCAGCCAUGCAUGAACUAUAUGAUCAUCGGCCACUUGCACUAAAUACAGAUGACUACCAACGUGUUUGUCAGAUUCCAAAGAGAAAGGGAGCAAACUUUAGAGAUUUACCUGGUGUUCGUGUUCGCCCUGAUAAUAAAGUUGAAUGGGAUCCUGAUAUUAAGAGAGUGUAUUUGGAAUCUGGAAAGCCUUUGGUUCCUGAUUAUGCCAUGAGUUUUGUAAAUGGAUCAUCGUCGAAGCCAUUUGCUCGCUUAUGGUGGGAUGAGACAGUGCCUACAGUUGUUACUCGGGCAGAGCCUCACAACCAGGCAAUUGUGCAUCCAGAGCAAGAUAGAGUAUUGACGAUUCGAGAAAAUGCAAGACUUCAAGGCUUUCCAGAUUAUUACAAGCUCUUUGGGCCUGUAAAAGAAAGGUACAUACAAGUAGGAAAUGCAGUUGCGGUACCGGUUGCUCGAGCGUUAGGAUAUUCCUUAGGCAUGGCGUUUCAAGGUUUAGCUGGAGACGCGCCUGUAUUUAGUCUACCCAAAAAAUUUCCUAACAUUAUCAAACAACAUUCUUCUGCAUCCUCAGAAGAAGUCGCUUGAAGUGGUAAUUCUUUUGACAGAUCAUUAUAUUAAAUUAUGUUGUAUGCUGAUUUAACUUGUUGGAUUAUUCACUUUAUCUCAUUGUAUCGUGGAAAUGUACAAUUAAGAGAUAACCUUGAUAUUUAUAUCAUAACCAAUUUCAUGGCUAUGUGACAUUUACUACCA